GAAAUGUCUCUCUUUCAGUUCCACUCAGCGCUGCUACUAGCCAGGGAUCAGACAGUUCAUACAUCUGGACAGGAAGAGACCAGCCAUAUAGCACUUCACUAUGUUUAAGGCUAGAUUGAAAAUGAUGUUCCUUUGGUGUCUUUUGGUUCUUGUAAACCUGGUCUUAGUGUCUACAAGCAACAAUGCAGGAGUUGAAGUCAGACUAACUCAGAAGGCACUUGAGUAUGGUCGACAGAUUGGAAUUACCUCAAUCCAGCAAAAACUCAGAAGUAUGAAAGUGCCAGAUAUAAGUGGCACAGAAAAAGUGGAUCCUAUUGGAAAGGUCCAAUAUAGUUUUACAGGGAUGCAGAUUGUAAACCUGGGACUUCCCAAAUCAGCAUUGGGCUUAGUUCCUGACACUGGAGUCAUGCUUUCAAUUGGCCAAGCCUACAUCAAUCUGCAUGGAAAUUGGAGAGUCAAAUACCUCAGGAUCAUAAAAGACAGUGGUUCAUUUGACCUGGCUGUGGGUGAACUGGCAAUUAGCACCACUAUUGCUGUCAUGAGUGAUGACACUGGCCGCCCAACAGUCAGCAUGACCAACUGUGCAGCAACUGUGGGGAGCGUCAAUGUCAAAUUUCAUGGUGGGGCCAGCUGGUUGUAUAACCUCUUCAGUUCCUUCAUUAAUAAGGCUUUACGCAGUGCUCUGCAGAAACAGAUCUGCCCUUUGGUGGCUGACUCCAUUGCUGAAAUGAACCCACACCUGAAAACAUUAAAUGUUUUAGCCAAAGUUGACCAAUAUGCUGAAAUUGACUACUCCAUGGUGGGGUCUCCAGUCAUUUCUAAUACUUCAAUUGACUUGGGUUUAAAGGGUGAAUUCUACAACAUUGGACAACACAAGGAACCCCCUUUCUCCCCAACACCUUUCUCGUUGCCUUAUCAGGACACUAAUAUGCUGUACAUUGGAGUAUCUGCCUUCUCCCUGAACUCAGCAGGCUUUGUGUACCACAAUGCUGGCGCUCUCCGCCUCUACAUCACUGAUGACAUGAUUCCCUCUGGUUCUCCAAUUCGUCUUAACACAAGGACAUUUGGAGCAUUCAUUCCUCAAAUUGCAAAAAUGUAUCCUGGUCUGAUGAUGAAGCUGUUGGUUGAGACAGUGAAGGAGCCGAUCAUUAUAUUUGAACCAAACAACAUGACUAUCCAGGCUAGCAGUACAGUGACAGCUUACGCUAUUCAGCCCAACAGCACACUGUCUUCACUCUUUGUCCUCAAUCUGGAGGGCAGUGUCAGUGCCAACAUACAUGUGACAGAGCUCAAACUGGCAGGAAAUGUAACCCUUAACAAAAUGUUUAUGAGCUUAGCAAAAAGCUAUGUGGGACCAUUCCAGGUGACAUCUCUUGACAAUAUUUUCUCAAUGGUCUUGAAAGUUGCUGUGAUUCCCAAGAUUAAUGCUCGUUUACAGGAAGGUUAUCCACUUCCUGCCAUUGGAAAGAUGCAGCUUGUAAACAGUCAACUCCAGGUUUUGAAGGACUACUUGUUGAUUGGAACAGAUGUUCAAUUCAUGGGAUAAAUUUCACGUGAAUUGAAGAAUUAAAAAAAAAAAAAAAAAAGAUUUACUACUGAAGACAAAAUGUUAUGUGAAUUUUAAUUUGUUUUUUAUGAAUAAACAUGCGGACACACAAACUC